AUGCAGUGCUCAAGGUCGACAUCGCUCGCGAAAACGCUCCGUGGGGCGUGCCGAAGUCCGUCGCACCCCGCCAGGCGAUACGCUUCUCGCGCAAUCGCAACGCCUGCCCUUCAGCAGCAGUGCUCUGCCGGGCAGUCUCACCGGCCAAUCUACCAACAUGCCUCAACGAUAAGACCCCGCCAGCACACUCACCCCCUAAUCCAGGUCCGCCAUGCAUCCUCCUCGUCUUCCGAACCCCUCCAAAAGACGCCCCUCUACGACCUGCACCUCGCCCACGGCGCCAAGAUGGUCCCCUUCGGCGGCUUCUACAUGCCCGUGCAAUACGCCUCGCUCUCAGUCAGCCAGUCCCACCUCUUCACGCGCGAGCACGCCUCCCUCUUCGACGUCAGCCACAUGGUGCAGCGCCUGUUCUCUGGGCCGGGUGCCGCCCAGUUCCUGCAGCGCAUCACGCCCAGCGGCGUCGAGUCGCUCGCGGAGCACAGGAGCACGCUGUCGUGUCUUCUGCAGAGUGAUGGGUCCGGCGGGAUUGUGGACGAUACGAUUGUUACCAGGUUGAAGGAGGGCAAGUUCUAUGUCGUGACGAACGCCGCGUGCCGCGACAAGGAUAAUGCGUACUUGGAGACGGAGAUGGCGAAGUGGAACCAGGAGGCUGGGCACGAGCAUCUGCAGGUGAAGGAGGAGAGGUUGGACGGGCAGGGUCUGGUUGCUUUGCAGGGUCCGGAGUCGGAAGGGAUCCUUGCGCAGGUGCUGGCUGACGAGUCCACGUUGCAUCUGAAGAAGCUGCUGUUUGGGCAGUCGGCCUACGCGAAGCUGAAGCUCCGGGGUAUGCAGCUCAGCAGUCCGGUGCUGAUCAGCCGCGGCGGGUAUACCGGGGAGGAUGGGUUCGAGAUCUCGAUCCCCGGCGACGAGACGGUUGAUGUCACCGAGGCAUUGCUCGCUGCCGGGCCCGAGAAGGUCCAGCUUGCGGGUCUCGGUGCGCGCGACAGCCUACGCCUCGAGGCGGGCAUGUGCCUGUACGGCCACGAUCUGGACGACUCCACCACGCCCGUCGAGGCCGGACUCAGCUGGAUCAUCCCAAAGGAGCGGCGCUCAGUAGACGCCGGCUUCUACGGCGCUGACGUGAUUGCCAAGCAGCUGGUGGCCAAGAGCAAAGGCGGUACUGGCGUCGAACGACGGAGAGUUGGUCUGAUCGUCGAGGGUGCGCCUGCGAGAGAAGGCGCUGAGAUUGUCAGCCGCGCGGAGGAGGGCAAGGAGCCGGUCAAGCUUGGCAUCGUGACCAGCGGGUGCCCUAGUCCUAGCCUGUCAAAGAACAUUUCCAUGGGCUAUAUCAGGGACGGCUUCCACAAGGCCGGGACCGAGGUGGAUGUGUUGGUCCGCGGCCGGCCCAGGAAAGCUGUCGUAGCCAAGAUGCCGUUUGUGCCAACUAGGUACUGGAAAGGGGAGGCGUAA